GCCUGAGGCGGGAGGGGGCGGAGCCGAAUCACGGUCUGAACCCGCCCCGGGGUCCGCCAAGGUGCGUCUCCAGGCAGACGCGGCCGCCUGGGGCAGAGCUAGCUGGGACGCGCCACCUGCGGUGCUGGCUGCUGCUUUUUAUUUACUAGCAAACACUGUUUCCCCGCGGGAGAGUCCGGGAGCGCGCGGGCACACACACACACACACACACACACACGCUCACUCACUGAACACACGCGCUCGCGCACACACAUAUACAUAUACGCUAGCGCUCUUGUCUUCACAACUGCAUCCCCAAACCGACAGUGCGAAGCUACUGCGGUUUCCCUUAACCUCAGCAUCGUGGGGGAGAAGCAGAGCCGUUGUGCAUCAGGGAGCGCCCGGUGCCUGCGCUGCCGACUCGGGUACAUACAUAACCCAGCAGACCGCUCACCCCAUCGGCUGGAAUGCUUACAAACUGCUAAGGCUGAGAUCCUGAGGAACCCAGCUGGAGAAUGCCGUCUGAACGCUGCCUGAGUAUUCAAGAAAUGCUGACAGGCCAGAGGCUCUGCCACUCGGAAUCUCACAAUGAUAGCGUCUUGGCAGCGCUGAAUCAACAGAGAAGUGACGGCAUCCUCUGUGACGUCACCCUGAUUGCUGAGGAACAGAAAUUCCAUGCUCACAAGGCAGUCCUAGCAGCAUGCAGUGACUAUUUCCGGGCGAUGUUCAGUCUCUGUAUGGUGGAAAGUGGAGCUGACGAGGUCAGUUUACAUGGUGUGACCAGCCUUGGCUUAAAGCAGGCCCUGGAGUUUGCAUACACAGGACAGAUUUUGUUGGAGCCAGGUGUGAUCCAGGAUGUAUUAGCAGCUGGCAGUCACCUACAGCUGUUGGAGCUUCUCAAUUUAUGUUCCCACUAUCUGAUCCAGGAAUUAAAUAGCUUUAAUUACUUGGAUCUGUACAGACUUGCUGACCUCUUUAACCUCACUUUGCUGGAGAAGGCAGUGAUCGAUUUCUUAGUGAAACAUCUCUCUGAGCUCCUGAAGAGUCGCCCAGAAGACGUUCUAACGCUUCCUUAUUGUCUGCUCCAGGAGGUUCUGAAGAGUGACCGCCUGACCUCCCUGAGUGAAGAGCAGAUCUGGCAGAUGCUGAAGCUGAGCCUCAGGAUGCCAGUGUUUUUCAUAAAUGCCCAAAUAAGUUGCAGAAACAGAUCUUUGACAUCAAGUCCUGCCUUCUUCUUUACUGUGUCACAUUCACCUCUAUGGGUGCAUAUGAAUUAGUGAUAGAAAAAAGCAUCAGAUUUUCCUGGCCAUUUCAGCGGUCUUUGCCCUGAUAAUCCAUCUUCGUUGCAUAUGGUAGCUGGGAAAUAGAAAAUGCUGUGACCCAUGUAGGGUCAUUCUAGUCCUAUUGCCAAUGGGAUGUAGCAGGGUUUUACUCUGUUGAUCGAGUUGGCAUUCUGUCAUUUUCCAGUGUUGUUCUAACAAUAUGAGCUUAAUAUUUCAGUGAAAAUAUGCAGUCUCUUUGGUAUUCAGAAGGAUGUCAUAUAUAAAUACGUAGACACUAAGAUUUUACUUAUUUUAUUAUUAUCAGUCCAGCUUCAAGUAAUAUUCUGAUGCCAUCAAGGGUUAGGUGAAUGAGUAUUACUUUUUGGCUCAGAGACCAUUAUCAGGUCAUUGGAAGGCAAGUAGAAGAAGUUAUUUCUAAUUGUUCCUGUAUUUUGCUAACAUAGGAGGAGAUGAAGGGUGUGUUCCAUUUUCCCUGCAGCAUUAUUGGUACAGAUGAUUGUGGUUGUCUUGGUGGUUCUGUGGGAUAUUUUUCCCAUGUGAAAAGCUUAUACAUAAGUAUGGGGAUGGUAUAUUUCAAGACAGUCCUGAGGUAAAAAUUUAUGUGAUUAGUUUGAAGAAUGUUUGCCUUGAUAUAUAUAGUCUCCUUCUGAGAAUUUAAAUAAAUAGUACCUUGAAGCAGUUGUCUUACAAAUUUGAAAUGUGUGUUCUUUGGCUGAGAUUAUUUUGUUUUUACAAGAGAUGGUAACUGUUAAGUGAGAUAAUAUGUUCUGAACAAAGUUGUUCCCGGGAGAAAAAGACCAUGAUCUGACCUGAUUGUCUGCAUGUGCACAUAAACAUGCAUAUAUUUCUGGUGAGUAUAGAAUUAUAGACAAAAAAAUCACUUUGUUUUUCUGAAAAGAGAUUUAUAAAAACUAUGUGUGCUGUGAAAAUCUGGAACAUGGUUACUAGACCUAGUGAUUAAUUUUGGUUGUCUCUACCACCUAUAGGAAGUUUGGAGGAUUCUAGUUUAAAAUACUACUUUUGGUGGAUGUGUAGGUGACAUAUAUCCUAGAAGUAGAAGAGACUCUCUCAUCAACUCACUUAUUUUACAGAUGAGAAGCCAAAUGACUGGUGCAAUAUCAACCAUACUUGUACUGUUCUUUCUAUUAAGUUUUCAAAGGUUAGCUCAAACUGGUGGCCAGUUCUCACAGGUGGAAAGGACACAACAGUAUACUAACCUCAUCGUUUUUCCUAUGUUUAUUUUCUCUUCAUUUUGAUAUGCAACCCUUAUAAAAUCCUUUUGAAAUAUCCUCUUGUGUUACAAGACUGAACCAAAGGACAACUCAGGUCACUUUUUGUUUUGCCCUCUUAAAUACCUGGAACACCCCUUGGUCUCAAGGGAUCUUGCUUUUGCUAUUCUUUGGCACGUAAUUAAAUAUAUAAAUAUAAUACUAUAUGUAAAGAUGAUUAUCGUGCACAAUUUUGUUUUCUCAAUUUUUUAUUUCAAAAUAAUUUCAAACUUAAAGAAAAGUGACAAGAGAAAGGAUAGCACAAAGAAUACCCAUACGAUUUGCCUAUUUCUUAAACAAAUUACCUCAUGUACUUUAUCAUAUAUUCUGUCUCUAUCUCUCUGUCU